GAGAAAUACGGCUAUCCAUUGGAGCGUCACACUAUACAAACUGAAGAUGGAUAUAUCCUCGAAAUGCAUAGAAUUCCACAUGGAAGGAAUAGCACAAUACGAACUGACAGACCUCCAGUUCUACUAAUGCACGGCUUAAGUAGUAGUUCCGCUGAUUGGGUUAACACUGGACCCGAACGUGCUCUUGGUUUCAUAUUGGCCGACAUCGGUUAUGAUGUUUGGCUUGGAAAUUCGAGAGGGAACAAAUGGGGUAGGAACCACACCACUCUGAAUCCAGAUCAUGAUAAAGCAACCUUUUGGAACUUUAGUUGGCAUGAGAUUGGAAAGUUCGAUCUGCCAGCUCUGAUCGAUCAUAUUUUGGAGUUGACACAAGAAGAUAAAUUAUUUUACAUCGGUCAUUCGCAAGGCACAACUGCAUUUUUCGUGAUGGCUUCAGAACGACCAGAGUACAACGACAAAAUUAGAUUGAUGUCAGCUUUAGCACCCGUUGCCUACAUGGACCACGCGGAUAAUCCCAUUAACAGUAUCUUAUCGCAAUUCGAAGAAUCGCUGGAGUGGAUUUCCAAAUAUCUGGGAAUGUACGAAUUUCUGCCGGAUAGUGAAUUCUAUACGAUAUUCGGGAAAGAAGCUUGCGACGAUGAAGCUCCACUGCAGGAAGUUUGCACCAACGUGGUGUUUCUAAUAUGCGGAUUUGAUUCCGAGCAAUUAAAUGCGACCUUCAUCCCGGUAAUCUUGAGUAACAUACCAUCUGGUAGUGCGACAAAACAAUAUUUACAUUAUGCACAAGGAAUUAAAUAUGGAACUUUCCGUCAGUACAACUAUCAUAAAGAAGAGAUCAAUAUGAAGAUAUACGGUCAACCAAUUCCGCCAGAUUACGUAAUCAGUAACAUUAGAGCACCUGUAGCCCUACAUUACGGACAGAACGAUUGGAUGGCUUCAGUUAUUGACGUGGAACGUUUAAAGGAUGAACUCCCAAAUGUCGUAACCGUGAACAAGAUUGCUUACGAAAAAUUCAACCAUUUAGAUUUCUUAUGGGCCAACGAUGUCAACGAAUUACUUUACAACGAUCUACUUGCAGACAUGUUAAAGCGACAUAUCAAUAUAACAACUGAGGAUGGGUAUCUAUUAGAAUUACACAGGAUACCUUACGGAAAGACCAAUCAAACCAGAUUAGGUCCAGUGCUCUUAAUGCACGGAUUGUUAACCAGUUCUGCAGAUUGGUGCAACGGAGGUGCAAAAAACAGUUUAGCAUUUUUUUUGGCUGAUGCUGGAUACGAUGUUUGGAUGGGAAAUUUCAGAGGAAACACAUGGAGCAGAAAACAUCGAACUUUAGAUCCAGACAUUGAUGAAUCUGCAUUUUGGAAUUUCAGUUGGCACGAGAUGGGAUUUUACGAUUUGCCAGCAAAGAUCGACUAUAUUUUAAAAGUGACCGGAGAGGAAAAGUUACAAUAUGUUGGGCAUUCUCAAGGGACGUGCGCGUUUUGGGUGAUGGCAUCGAUGAAGCCGGAAUACAACAAGAAAAUUAAGCUGAUGUCCGCUUUAGCUCCAAUAGCUUUUAUGAAACAUGUGAAAACCCCAUUCGCGACAUUCUUUGCACCGUACGAACCGGAAUUCGUAACUGAAAAUUAUUUCGAGGUAUUUCAAAGACCGGAACUGUUCAGAAUCUUAGGGCGUGAAAGUUUAAUUCCAGUGGUUACAACAAACACUCCUGCAGGAGCUUCGAUCAAGCAAUUUCUACAUUUCUUUCAAUCAAUACAGUUUGAUUAUUUCAGACAAUACGAUUAUCAUUCGGAAGAAAAUAAUCUAAAACAUUAUGGACAACUCACUCCUCCAGAUUACGAUCUUACAAAGAUCACUGCUCCAGUCGCUAUAUAUUACGCACAAAAUGAUUGGUUGAGUUCUAUGGAAUUUGAGUUGAUUAAAAAAUAUGGAUAUCCUUUGGAGCGACACGUUAACGUAACAACGAAAGAUGGAUAUUUGUUGGAAUUGCAUAGAAUUCCUCAGAGAAAGAUUAAUUUGGGCCCAGUGUUAUUAAUGCACGGCGUGUUCAGCAGUUCAGCAGAUUGGUGCAACGGUGGUGCAAAUAAAAGUCUCGCAUUUCUUUUGGCUGAUGCUGGCUACGACGUUUGGAUGGGCAACUCCAGAGGAAACACAUGGAGCAGAAAACAUCGUACUUUGAAUCCAGAUGUAAAUAAAUCAGAAUAUUGGAAUUUCAGUUGGCACGAGAUUGGGAUUUAUGAUUUACCCGCAAUGAUCGACUAUAUUUUAGAGGUAACAGGAAAGGAUAAAUUGCAAUAUAUUGGAUAUUCUCAAGGGACAGUAGCUUUUUGGGUGAUGGCAUCCACGAAACCGGAAUACAACAAUAAAGUGAAGCUGAUGAAUGCUUUAGCACCAGUCGCAUUCAUGAAACAAAUUGCAAAUCCGUUCAUCAAAUUCCUUGCACAAUUCGAGUAUACUUUAUCAUUGAUAGCGAAAGAUCAAGAAGUUUUUGAGUUACUUCGAAAAUCGGAAUUGCUCGAAAUCUUGGCCCGUGAAAUUUGUCACGAUGGUUCGAAUUUCCAAGAACUGUGUUCAACAGCUAUUUUCUUGAUUUUCGGAUUCGAUCCCGACCAACUAAAUUCCACCUUAUUACCAGUAUUUUUGUCCAAUGCCCCUGCCGGCGCUUCAUCAAAGCAAGUUCUGCAUUUUUUGCAGUCUAUAAGAUUUGGACAUUUCAGGCAGUACGACUAUCAUUCAAAAGAAGAGAAUAUAAGAUAUUAUGGACAACCUUCUCCUCCGGAUUACAAUCUAUCAAAGAUUAAUGUACCUAUUGCUCUACAUUAUGCACAAAACGAUUGGUUGAGUUCUACAAACGAUGUUGACAGAUUAAUUAGGAUUCUACCGAACAUGGCAUUAAAAAAUAAGAUAAACUUUCAAAAAUUUAACCACAUUGAUUUCAUUUGGUCCAUCGACAUCGUUGAGUUGGGCCAAGGAGUACUAAUUGCAGUCAUGUGCGAAUCAGUCACCGAAGAAGGAAGACAACUCAUUAAGAAUAGUUACGGUGCUUUGAACCGUUUCUCGUAUCAUCAAUCGAUCAAAGAGAAACUAUUCAUUUUGGCGCAACAGACGAAUGCUCGCUACCCCAUAUUCACAGCAGCGGGAUUCUUUAAAGUCGAUUAUUCAAUUUUGUUUACAUUCUUGAAUUUGAUAGCCACAUACGCCAUU